CAAAACAGGGAGUGUAAUGUGUAUUAUUCCCGCCAAGUAUCUGUCAAAAAAGCAAAAAUCGGGAAAGUUUACGGCUGUAUCAUAUUGAUUUUAUUUAAUUUAAUCGUACAUUAUUGGUAGUUAAUCAUUAAUACUUUUAUUAAGAAAAAUGUCGAAUCAAGAAGAAAGUGACGAAAAUUGGAUUGCUGCUAUGGACGAUCUAUGUUCGCAAUUAAAUGUAGAUCCAGGGGCUACAAAAAAAUCAAAGGAUUCAUUUGCUGAAAUAAAACGAAACUUUACUUUAGAAGGUGACUCACUACAUUGGAUGGCAUGUGCUCUCUAUGUUGCAUGUAGAACAUCCAUCACACCUACAGUUGAAUCAGGGAAGGCAGUAAAAGGAAACUGUGUUAGUUUAACAAGAUUACUUAGACUAUGUAAUAUAAGUCUAAUUCAAUUUUUCACUAAAAUUAAGAACUGGAUGGAUAUGACUUUAAUGCCAUCUGAUUUUAAAGACAAAAUCAGUAGAUUAGAGCACAAAUUUGCUGUAUCAACUAUUUUAUUUAGAAAAUUCCAACCACUGUUUCAAGAAAUCUUCAUGGGGUUAACAAAUGAACCAGUAAAAAUAAAAAGUAGCAAAAAACAUAAACUUCAACCUUGCAGUACCAAUGCAUUAUUUAACUUUACUUGGUGCCUCUACAUAAGUGUAAAAGGAGAGUUCCACAAUUCAGCUGAUGAUCUUGUGGACAUGUAUCAUUUGCUUCUGUCUUGUUUAGACUUUAUGUAUGCUAAUGCAUUUAUGGCAGACCGAAGGGAUAUAUUGAAUCCCAAUUUUAGAGGUCUCCCAAGUGACUGGUCAGAAGAUGACUAUGAACAACCAAAUCAUCCACCCUGUAUAAUAUCAGUACUGUGCGAACUUAAAGAUGGACUUGCAGUGCAGGCCAGGACUAUGAAGGACUACAGCUGGAAUAGAGUUAUCAAAUCGUUCUUUGAAAAAGGAAUUUUAAAUGGCGACAGUGAGGAUCAUUUAGGAGUUUUAGAUAUUGGAAACUUUGAUGUCAAUGUGAAAUCACUAAACAAUUUAUAUGAGACCUAUGUACUCAGUGUUGGAGAAUUUGACGAAAGAAUAUUUUUAGGUGACCACGCUCAAGAACACAUCGGUACUAUCAAGAAAGUGUCCGAUACUGAAAUAUCACAAGUCAUAGCCAAUUUUGGACCGAGUAACAAAGGCUGCCCAGACACGCCUCUAACAGGGCGGAGGUACCUCGGACGAAGAGCUGAAGAGCUUACCCCAGUCUCGGAAGCAAAUAACAGUUUAGCCAGACUGGCGUCAUUCCUCAGGCAAUCAAAGCCGCAACCCUCCGCUUGUCUAAUGAAACUCUUUGCCGAAUGCGGCGUAAGCGACGAAACAAUAACGAAGAAAGUGAUAGAACCUUGCAACACUUGGAUGGAACAAUUUGCUGAAAGCCUUUUAGAGAAUCAAUGUAGUUCAGAAACCAUAGCCUACAGAUGCAAUAUGGUCACGUGUUUAUAUUACAAGGUCUUCGAACAUAUUUUACGCGAGGAGCAUCGGAAGAAGCCACAGGUAUCUUUGCAGGUUCUAUUAUCACAAGAGACAUAUCAGUUGACAGUUUACGCGUGUUGUACUGAGGUAGUGCUGCACUCAUAUGGGGUUCAUUCGCUGAGGUUCCCCCGGGUCUUGCAAAUAUACAACCUUAGCGCUUUCCACUUCUACAAGAUCAUUGAGCUAGUCGUUAAGGCCGUGGUGGAGAAAUUAAGUAGGGAUGUCAUCAAACAUUUAAAUGCUGUCGAAGAGCAAGUCCUGGAGUCACUAGUCUGGACCGCAGAUAGUCCAUUGUGGGACCAACUGGAUAAUACAUCUGUUCCGCCCUCGGCUAAGGUCACGAUACCUGAGUCACCGUUAAGGAGAGGUAUCCAUUCACCAAUGUCGACGGUUGACAGAUACCCUCCUUUGAUGGCGGACCAGGCGAAGAAGCAGUUGUUCAAAGAUAAUGUUAAGCCAGGCCAAUCGUUAUUAGUACAAACAAAUACAAAGAAUGAAACUAGUCCUCCAACAUCCUCAAAUGGUGAAAUCACUCCAAAGACCCCAAACACUACGCCUAAGAAGAAUAAUAAUUCGCUCAUGUUGUUCUUUAGAAAGUUCUAUAGCUUAGCUGUGGUCCGUAUGAACGACCUUUGUAUGCGGCUUCGUCUCACCGAUGACGAAUUGAAAAGAAAGAUUUGGACCUGUUUGGAGUACUCAAUAAUGCAUCAGACGCAGCUGAUGAUGGACAGGCAUCUAGACCAGAUCUUGAUGUGCGCUGUUUAUGUUAUUUGUAAGGUAUCGAAUAGCCCCACCAAUCAAGUGGAGCGAACGUUCACAGAUAUAAUGAGAUGUUACAGAGCGAGGCCCCUCGCUGAUAAUCACGUCUAUAGAUCGGUGCUUAUUAACAACACCAAGGAAGGUUCACCAGAGAGAGGAGACCUUAUCAACUUCUACAAUAGAGUGUAUGUCCAAUGUAUGCAGAACUUUGCGCUCCGGUUCACUGGAAGAAAUCGAGAUGAGAGCAGCCUUUCGCCGUUGCCAGCAGCGCGUGGCGACGCGACCUACUCCCCCGGCGGACAACGCGUGUCUGGCGCACCUCAGCUCUCCGUCAAGACCCUCACUGCCUCCCCGCCCCCUCCCCCGCCUCACAAACACCAUCUCACUUAUCGGUUUAGCCGGAGUCCCGCUAAGGAUUUACACGCAAUAAACACGCUCGUGUCGUGCGAAGUGGGCGGAUUGAAGCGAGUGUCAGAAACGGAGGAAGUGGUGAAGCGGGCUCGUUGCGGAAGUGCUGGAGUAGCCCGGAAGCUGCAGGGACUUGUCAGCGAUCGACAGGCUUUGUGAGAUGACUGCUUAAGCUGAGAUUAAUUUAAUUUUCUCCAACUUUGAAAUGAAAAUCAUAGCUCUCUAGGCACUUUUUGACGAAAAAUUUAACAUCAAAUCAAUAUAUGUCACAAAUUUGCUCUUGCAAACUCUUUGACGAAUUAAGUGACGUUUAAUGUAAUAAGUAAAUCAAAGAAAUCAAAACGUAUAGUCAUCGUCAGUUUUAAUACAAUUCUGUGUCACCGUGUAGGUAUUUUAACCGGAUUUCAAAGGAAGGUGAUCAAUUCGACGUGUAAUUUACAAACACACGGUAUAUAUAUAUAUAUAUGUAAAAAUUUGGUAUUGAUGUCAAUACACAAUCCGGUAACGAAAUUUCAUAUAUUAAAAAAAAUAUUUUCCUAACUUUAAUUGUGUAUAUAAUACUGGAAUAUAUAUUAUAUAUAUGGUGAUUAAGAUAUCUUUUUGACUAAACACUAACGCUGUAAUUUAUAUGUAUGGGCAUAAGCACUCGUUUUGUCACGUGACCAUUUUCAUAACAAUUUGUUUGGUGGGUGACACACGCCUGUCGGAAGAGUCAUUUUGUCUCAAGCUCAAGAACGAGGAAACAACUGUCGUGGCAGUUAUGCGAACAACUUUGAUUUAUUCACAAAAAAUAUUUUUAUUAACAGCAAGGUUUUAUAUAUAUAUUAUAGCAAUAUUUUUAAUGCCAGUUUCAAGUAAAACAACAGCAAGGUUAACUAGUUAUUUUUGAAUUUAAAAUAUUUUACUUGGCUCGUAGCGAUGUUCAGUGUUGGUUAAAUACAGUUUUACCAUACCACAGUAAACACAGUUUUAGUAGGUAAAUAAUAUCUUGUAACAGGAACAAAAAGUGUGGUCAUCAAAUCCCACGACGGUUUGAUCUAUUUGGAUUUAUAGCGACUCUUAUAUUGUGCCUACAGAUACCGGCAAACUUCUUGAGCAUUAAACAAGGAAGUGGGGGAAAGUUUGCGUAUCGUACACGGCGCCGGACACAAACGUCAAUUGAUUUACCAAUCACGCGUUCGAUACGUCACUCUCCCAAGUGAUACCUAAAAAUUGCUCCUGCGCAGGCAUGGAUAUUUGUUCAAGAUAUUUUCCGGUAUCUAUAUUUGGGCAUGUUAAUAAACACAAGUAAUUUUUGUUACCAUGAUUACAGUUUUGAGGGAAAGGCCGUAACCAUAGUAACACAUCUUUAGUCUAUAAUUUAUGUAUUGACAAUUUAUUAACAAUUAAUAAUCUGAAAAUUCCAACGUAUGGUAGAUUAAGAACGUAUGAAAGCGACAUCCGUACACUAAGUAUUUUAAUAUGAUCCCUUUUAAUUUGUUUGAUUUUAGUAUUUGCCUUUCAAACAAUAUUUUGCUAUUUGAAAAGAAAAUGUAAGAUAAAAUAUGUUGUCGGUAACUGAAUGUACCAUUUCUUUUAAUCCAUUCAGAUAAAUUUAUUAAAAAUAUGAUAAUUUCAGUCAAUACAUAAAUAAUAAAUGUAAACAUGGACUUGGACACUGACAUACGGGAAUCGUACUAGCCGAGUCUGGAAUUUGAGUAGCCGUUCGACUCUUAUGCGUCCAGCAAAAUAUCGUCUAAAAAUAGAAAAAUUGCGUGAUAUUCGUAAAACAAUGGAAUAUAAAAUGAAGUAUAUUGAUCUCAUUUAUUUAUGUUGAGCGUGAGUAUUAAGUAAGCCAUAUUUAAAAGUUGCUCACAAGACCAAUCGCACACGUGUUUUAAAUAUAUCAGGGUUUGUAUAACAAUGAAUAGUGAAAAAUCUGUAUAAUACACAAAAACAUAGGCAAAAAUCUGGCCUAUACAAUGUAAUGCGUAAUGUAUAGACACACACACAACAAAUCUUAAUUUACGCUAUAUGAAAGUUCGAGUGUAUUUUUAAUAACGCGGCGAAUAAUUCCAUGUGUGCGUUGGGUUUAAUGUAUUUAAGUCGUUUCCACUGAAGGAAAUGAUUAGUUUAAUAUUGAAACGUGUAAACAAAAUCAUUUUAAAACACAUUUAUUGUGACUAUUAUUGUAAAUGUCUCAUUAAUCACAAGUUUCUUUUAGGAUUUUAAUAAUUUCCUUAGGUAUGUCUACCUAUUUUUAAGUUCCUUUCGACUGAAUGGUGUUAAUCAGUCUUUUAUUUGCUUCCAUCUAAUUAUAUUUGUAUGUAGCGUGUAAGUUGAUCAUUGAGACAAAUUUAAAUCAAUUACGGAAAUUCCAAAUUUAAAAUGUAUAUUUCGGAUUUAAACAUUUAUUUCUAAGGUCUUAAAAUAAAGUGUAUAGUUAUAGCAGUGUUUUAAAGUCAAACCCAAUUAUUUAUGGAAUUGUUCUAAAUUUUAAAAACAUGCAUAGCUAUAGAUAUAAUUAUUAUUUGUGCUAUGAACAUUUUUUUAUCUUCUAUUCCACAAGCAAUGAAUUGAACUAAAUCAAACUAGAUUAUGUACAAAUUUUGUACAAAUCUUGUCUUGUUCAUUUUAAUAGGUGAGUAACAAUUUCCACUUAUGGAAAAACCAUUCCACGGCUUGAAACAGAAUUCAGUUCUAAUAUAGUGUAUUAGCACAACUGUUAUGAUUAAUAUUGGAAAUGGGAAAUUAAAAUUCAAUAUAUUUCACACAAUCUAAAACGUACUUUUCUUAUAGACAUCUAGUUGUCAUUAAUUAACUUACAUUUAACGCAACCUGCAACCG